UCUUCGGUCAAAUUGCUCAACAAAUUUCGACUAACUAUUCUUUCUAAUCUUUUGAACACUUCCAAAGAUCAGAAAGAUUCGUCAAAUGCUAGCUUCAAAUCGGCUGACUUGGGCACCACCAUGUCAGCAAACUUACCAUACGAGAUCAGUAAGUUCCAGGAACAUAUUCGCCUUUUAAAACAAAUUAAGAGGGACACUAUCAGUUCGUUCAAGGAUCUCCAAUCCUCAGGCCAGUGUAAUCCAGAUAUCCUAUCUGCUUAUCUUCCAGAUGAACAGUGCCAGUUUUUAGACAGCGUGUGUGAGAAACCUCCGACRAUUAUAGUCGUAGGACAAACUUGUUUUGCUAAGGUAUGUGUUAUAAACGAGCUUCUCGGAGAACCCGUCCUACCGACGGUAGAAGAUUUGGACAAGAGUACGACAUGGCGAAUGAUCAGAAUUAAGUAUGGCAAUAUUUCGAAUGUGAGUCUUGUUCUACCGGACAGUUUUGAACUCGCUGCUGCUUUAAAUGCUCAUGAGGAUUGCUGGCAGUGUGUCCCGAGAGGGGAUUUAGAAGUUACUGGAAGCGAAAAAUCAGAUCCCGCGCUAGCAUCUGCAGUGGCUGAGGUAUCUUUGAACCAUGCUUUACUAAAGGCUGGCGCACAAAUCGUGUGUUCUCCAACCAACCACGAAGGUGAUGUAGAAAAUAUUUUUCGCGCCUGUUGUGAGGACGUUCUACCGAUAUUACUCUACGCUUUGGAACUGGAAAGUCUAAGUGAAAAGGAUAAAGCAGAGCUACUCCAGGUCAAAGCCUUAGCCCCAGACAUGCCGAUAUUCUUUGUCAAAUGCAGCCGUAAAUCACCUCAACUAACAGAAUCAAUGACAGAGUCAGAACAGCAUCAAGUUGUGUAUGAAUUCACUGAAGCAAGGACUAAGAUAUAUGAACAGCUCUGUGAUAUAGGUUAUUUGAUUCCAGACUCUUCAGAGACAAAGAAAGAGGGACCUAACUAUGUUGAAGAAAUGAGUACCAGAGCAAUCCUUGACUCUGUCCRACCAAAAUCCACACUGAUAGAGAACUUUUCAUUGUUUCCUUGUUUUCUACUCUUCGUUCGGCAGGUUUUGCAAUACCAUUUAGUCAYGGCUUCUUCAGCAUUGAAUGAGGCUCAUCAUAGAGUUUUGUCGCUGUUCAUAACGACUGCAUUCGAUAUGGCAAGAGACAUGAUUAUUACUCCACGAAGACUGCAAUACGCACGAGAAAAAGAGGAAGAACUAUUCAAUGCUCUGAUGGAUACGGCAUGCAGAAAGCAAGAUGAAAUCAAGGAGGUCAUUCACAAGACCAUCACCACUCUAUCCCCUCAAAUUCUAAAAGAAGUAGAAACCCUUGAAUUCAAGGGCAUUUUAUUGACAGAUGAUGAGGAACUCCAAAACGUUAAGGAUCUAGACACAUGUAUUAGUCAAAUUCAGGAACUUGUUUUAGGUAGGAUUAAUAAAGCAGUGGCUGGGAAUCUGAUCAGUUCUGUUGAGUAUUUACGCGAAAGCUUUGUUGGGACUUUGCAAAGGUGUAUCGACAGCUUGGAGAAAAUGGACAGCGAAGGUUCUUGGAACAAGGAGGAUCAGUCGGCUACAACGGCAUUAAAACAUGUAGUUGAUGCCGCAUACCAGGUAGAAGUUACAGUACGUGCCAGCUCAUCUCUUGCUCGGCUGCUGUGGGAAAAAAUGAAACAGGCUAUCCAGACGCUACCAGGCAAAGCCCCACCCAAGGUGGAUGGACCCUGGAAACAAAAGGUGGCACAGGACAUGCUGACGAGCCUUAGUGAGACCCGCCUAGCAAAACACAUAUGUUACCAGUUCAAAAUGAGGCUUCAUAAAUCACAUGAAGCUUUCACAACGAGUAUUAAAAUACUAGAAAAUAAUCACACAGGCAGAUUGGAAAAAACAGAAGAGCAGAGAAUGCGAGUACGCAAGUCUUAUGCACCUAAGAUUGCUCGCUUAGCUUUGGAGAGUACUUCAUUGAGAGAUGUUGUUCUGUAUGGUAUGCCUCAGCUUGGUCGGGAAGUAGGGCGUGGUCAGUAUGGUGUGGUGUAUUCCUGCGAUAGGUGGGCAGGGCGACACCCGUGUGCUAUCAAGUCUGUUGUCCCACCUGAUGACAAACACUGGAAUGAUCUGGCUUUAGAGUUUUACUACACCAAGUCCUUACCACGUCAUGAUCGUCUAGUAUCCAUCAUUGGCUCAGUGAUCGACUAUAGCUACGGUGGAGGAGCGUCCCCUGCGGUGCUCCUAGUGAUGGAUCGUUUACAGCGGGACUUAUACCAGGGGAUCAAAAGUGGGCUCAGUUUGAGGGCACGCUUACAAGUGGCAUCAGAUGUUGUUGAGGGGAUUCGAUUUCUUCAUAGUCAAGGUUUGGUUCAUCGGGACAUCAAGCUUAAAAAUGUCUUGCUUGACUCCAAAAACCGUGGCAAGAUAACUGACUUGGGGUUUUGUAAACCCGAAGCAAUGAUGUCCGGCUCGAUCGUGGGAACACCAAUCCACAUGGCGCCAGAACUCUUCUCAGGUCGCUAUGACAACAGUGUAGAUGUCUAUGCUUUUGGUGUUCUGUUCUGGUACAUCUGUGCUGGCACCGUGAGGCUACCCCUGGCAUUUGAACAGUGCGCAAGUAAAGACCACUUAUGGAACGCUGUACGACGUGGGGUGCGACCAGAGAGACUGGCCCACUUUGACGAUGAGUGCUGGACGCUUAUGGAAUCCUGUUGGAGCGGUGAUCCCUGUCAAAGACCUCUGUUAGGAGAUAUACAACCACAGAUUACAGCUCUUCUCAAGCGUCAAGAGGCAAAGAGUUCGUCGACGAGGCAGUCAAGAAGGACGACAGAAAAUCGAAAAAURGAUGGGAAAUAGUUGGAAGGAUCUUUCUCUCUUACUUGUGAGCGUCACAGUCGCAAACAAGGAACAACCAUCGACCAAUUAAUUGCAAACUACUUCUAGAAGCUUGUUGAUGGUAAUGACGACGGAAACUAAUUCAAGCCACGUAUUUUACCAAGCCCGUUGUCGAAAUUACAACAAACUCACGGUGAUUGCCACGACGUACAUCAAUGGAUAUUUUGACGCUAUUGCUUUGCUUGCUGCUCUUUGACUUUCAAAACGAAUCACAGAAUUACCCUGAAAGUCGCAAAACACUUGCAAAGCGAACAGCAGGAAUUAUUACUAUAUUUUUGGUUGAAAUGGUUGAAAAUAACAGUACAUGACAAAAAGUAAAUACUGCCUCUUUGGGCCAAAAAGUGCGAGAAAAAAUGAAAUUCUAAUGAAUUCCUUUUUUUAUGAAAAAUAGUCACUCUGAUAAUUAUACUUGUAAUAAUUUAUUACAGCGCAAACCAUAUCGUGAAAUACUAUAAACUAUAUAGCACUAAACACAUCUGUUUCUUUUGUUUUCAUUGACGCUAUUUUGUCGGUACUAAUUAGUGCUAUUUCAUGGGUAUAUGGUUUGCACUCUACAUAUUCAGCGCAAAUUAAACGCGUGUAUAUAAUCAAA